CAAAAAAAUAUUUCAAUUCACAAGACGCCUCCCUGUGUGUGCACGUGAUCUUGUCGAAACUACAACCCUAGGCUUAAAGAAGAGUGGUCGCUUGUUAAUCAGUUUAGUUAACGUUGUAUGCAGACACUGUUCAUAAUGAUCGAUACGUGUUCACUGUUUCUACUCUUGGGACUCCUUGUAUCAUAUGGAGAAAAUACAAAAGCAAUUCAAAACAUUACCUUGGACGGAAGAACAUUGGUAACAAUUGAUAUGUUGGAUGCUUUGAGGAAAAAUUUGACGGACUUAGCAACAGAACUAAUCGAACAGAAUUCUAAGAUGAACGAGCCGGUUUUCUUCCAUGCAAAGAUGCCUGCAGCUCAAGUAGAUUACAACAAAAACUCCAUUGUGAAAUUUAGCAGUAUUUUAAACACUGAUGGAAAUAUUUUUAACCAUGGAGACAGUGUUUUUGUUUCACCUGUUACUGGCGUUUACUUAUUUUCCUGGACAAUGCUUACCUACAGUGGGAAAUCCAUUAGUACUGAAUUACGAGUAGACAAUGUUGUCAAGGCAACACUCCAUGCAAGUCUCGGUAUGGCUGUUGGACAUGUAUCGGUCAGCAAAACUGCUAUUUGUAGAGUAGCUAAGAAUGAGCACGUGUGGAUACAGACUGGUGAUUCUUACAUAGGAAAUGGUUUUGACUACGAUGCCGGAAGUUCGAGUUCAUUCAUGGGUGCUCUCAUAUACAAGAUUUAAACACACGAAUCGAAAGAUACGUUUGAAAUGGAUUUACAAUUUCAUUACGAUGACCAUCAGUUUACUAGUCACUUGCUUUUCUUAUAUCUUGUACUUUGUGGUAUAAUCGUGUUUUUAUAAACUGACAUCCAUAAUGUUCCAUUAACAUGAUUAAAUCCAUAUAUAAAUUA